AUGUCAUCCUUUCCCUCUAGGCCUUUGGCCCGGUCUAGAGAUGACGGCCUGCAACUAAGCUACCAACUUCCUCAUCGCGUCUACACCGCCCAGGGCUACCCUGUACUCGCCCCUAAUGGCUCAUCAAUUAUAAUAUAUGGCUAUGAAAACGGGUUGAAGGUAAUUUGGCGAGGCGGAAGACAAUUUACGAACAGGAAGCUGUCAGCCCCUAAGUACCAACCACAAGAGAAAACCAACCGCAGCAACGACGCCACCAUCAUGAUCAUUGAUUCUGAUGAUGAGAGCUCUGUUGAACCCCAGAAAAACGAAGAACCAAGUUCUGGGUUUCAAGAAGGGGAGCCGGAGAUUGAUCCCCUUUUCCCAUACGAAAACGUGCUGCGCCAGAUUGAUAUACCCCUUGGGACGAAGGUCGUUGAAUUGGCUGUCCCUCGCAUUCUCCCUGAGUCCGCACGCUCAUCGCUCGAUCCUUUCCCGCCCAUUCUGAGAAAAUGUAUGGUCAUCUCGGCCGUGUGCGCUGAUCUUUCCACCCGAGUUGUGACACUACCCCUGGCUCCUCCUCACCCUGCUCAAUUCGAGGUCUCCUCGUGGGUCCAGACGUUGUCGAUUAGCGGCGGAGUAUCACACCAAGAGAUCCCAAGGGGAGUGGGGAUUGCUUUCACAUAUCAAGCGAGUGAGCCGCAGGGAGAUGAGGACAUGGCUCACAGUCAAAGUGGAUCUAAUAGAGAUAGGCCAGGGAGGUGGGACCUUCUUGUCGCCACUCAUUCUGUGGAGUCGUCGGGCCUACUUAUAAUACACCGGAUCCCGGUUGUGGAAGAGACAGAUCGCAGUGAAGUGUUGUAUCGUUUAGGCGAGGAUGAUAUCGAGUCAAAGCGCCGUUAUCUGCCGGCCCCAGCCCAAAACAUCGCUUUCAACCCAUCACCAUAUCCGUCACCACGACACUCGACACUGCUCGUUGCCUUUCAUAGCGGAUGUGUCAAGGUCUACUCGUGUUUCUCCAUGAAACCAUACAAAGCGUCGCGCAGGUCGUCUAGUCCUCAAAAUGAUUUCGAUCCGUCGGAAACAGAGGGAAAGUGGCUGAUCAGUCUCUAUGCUGGGUUUGAACAGUCCCCCUCAGGCUACCCCGGCGUAAAACUAUAG